GAUGUCCUGAUAAAUCAUGAGAUUUUAAAAUGCGUUAACGUAUUUUUUUUUUUAAAAAAAAACCCAAAAAUAUUUAAUAUAUAAUCAUUUUGACAAAGUUCCCGUGUUGUCCUGUUGCAAAUUGGAAAGGCAUAUAAACGAGGAUUACGGUCAUUUCAAACUGGCAACCCUGAGCAGAGCGGACUACUCCACCGGACGCUCGUUUCACCAGCGGAUUUGGUUGACUUCUAUUAUAUGAAGAUGAACACCAACGACGCCAAGGAGUAUCUCUCCAAACGACAGAUCCCUCAUCUGUUUGAGAGCAUGUUGACUGGCUUGAUGUAUCACCGCCCUGAGGACCCUUUGGGCUUCCUAGAAAACUGCCUGCAGAAAGCAAGAGAGCUGGGAGGUCCUGAAUGUGUGACCUGGGAUACCUUCAUCAUGCCUGACCGUAAACCAUUACCACCGAUUACCACUGCCCAAGGAAAGAAAGCUCCCUGCAAGCUAGACAGUGGUCCUGGUCCUGGUCCUGGGCCUUACCGACGCUAUGACAGACUGCCUCCCAUUCAGGCUCAGUUCUCCAUUGAGAGUGAUUCUGAUAUGACAGAGUCCUCUGGCCUCAUACAGGAGUAUGAUGUUUUUGACCCAUUAAAGCCAAGGCCACACAUCAUAUUCAUCAUAGGUGGUCCAGGCAGUGGAAAGGGCACCCAGACAGCCAAGAUUGCAGCUCAUUAUGACUUUGAGUGUGUGUCUGUUGGGGAGAUUUUAAGAAACCAGCUGCUUCAGCAUGCUCCCAGUGACAGAAAAUGGGAACUGAUCGCUCAAAUCAUCGCCAAUGGAGAACUGGCACCUCAGGAGACGACAAUUGAGGAGCUCAAGCAUCAAUUCAUCAAGAAACAAGAUGCCAAAGGUUUCAUUGUGGAUGGAUUCCCACGGGAAAUAUCUCAGGUGUUCACCUUUGAAGAACAAAUUGGUUCUCCAGAUCUGGUGAUCCUACUAGCUUGUUCUAAUCAGCAGCUGCGUCAGCGCCUGGAGAAACGUGCCCUGCAGCAGGGUCGGCCUGAUGAUAAUGCCCAUGCCAUUGAGAAGCGACUCGAAACCUUCAAGCACAACAUAAGCCUCAUAGCCAAGUAUUACCAGGAGAGAGGACUAAUUAUUAGGGUUGAUGCAGAUCGAGAAGAAGAUGACAUUUUCAGAGAUAUCAGAGCCGUAGUGAAAGACAAACUGUUCUCAAAAGAAGCAGAACCAAAAGUUUUAUAAGUACUAUGACUACCACGCUUCUCUGUGAUGGACACUAUCUUUUUAUUUAAAAACUAAAAAAAGAGCAUUUUUAAACCAGUUAAAGGCAUUUCUUCUUAUAGCCAGCUUGUUGCAUUCUCUCUCUCUCAAAAAAAAAAAAGCAUGAUCAAGAACUUUUCUUGCCAGGACCAUGCAAGAGGCUUUGAUUAUUUGAGAAGAUUGCUUUCUUUUCUUAAAUCUGCUCUGCUUUAACCUGUGUUUUACUCUUCUAAUUAUUUAUGUAUCUGAAUUUCAAACAAAGAAUUGUUUAAAUUUUCUGUAAAAAGAUGAUUUUAUUUAAAAGCAAUUUCUAAUGUUGUCACCUUAUAAAAAUAUCUUGAUAAGUAAAAAGUCAUUUUCUGGAUUAUAAA